UCUUUAAUUCAAAUAGCUAUUAUUUUAUAAAUAUCAUAAAAUAAGAAUUGUUGUAAUACCUAUUUAUUGGUAAAAUUAGAUGCAAUGGCUCUAAGAUUACUUAUUAAAAACGCCAUAAUUACUAGUGGAGUUUCAUUACGAAUUAAUAAUUCAAUAUGCAAACGUGAUUCAUCAUAUCGAUCAAGUCCAAUCGCUCAAGAUCCAUCUCAUUAUACCAAAUAUGAAGUGUCAUCUUCACCAGAAGAAUGGAAAUUUGUAGAAAGACUAUUACCGUUGACAAUUAUACCACCUCCACCUGAUGGUAAAAAUUUUCCAUCUGGUUGGCAACCUCAAACAGCCAAGUUUGGGCAAUAUCCAUACUUUGUUCACCGUACGCGCAAUCAUAUGUUACCUGUAUACCUCAAAGUGUCUAUGAGAGGAACAAGACGCAUCACCCAAAUAAACAACGUAGAUGGUGAUAUUUGGAAAUUAGAAGAAGCUUUAAAGAAAUAUUUGCAAAAAGUAUAUGGUGAUAAAAGAAUAAUUGCUACUAAGGUGCAUGAAGUAUGUGGUCAUCUUUGUAUACAUGGUGAUCAUGUUUCAAGAGUUAAUGAAUGGUUACUUAAGAAAGGAUUGUAAAGAAUACACAUCUAGUAAAAAAAAAAAAAAAAAAUGUAAUAUAAAAAUUAA